UUUUUGUGGUGCGAUUUCGCGUAAUGACGUGUACGUGUGUACGAAGUGCGACAAUGUAUAAAAAAUUUUAUCCAGUUGAAAUGGGUCCGUUAACCGCCGUGUUAGUCAAAGUGGUUUAUUUACAUUUUGUUUGAUAUUCCGAGUAAAGAAUUGUGAUUUUUUAUGAGUUAAAUUGGAGAAUUCAAGGUCUUAUGUGUUGGUUGCCUUUAGAUCGAUAAAUUAAAUGAAAUUCGGGUGAUUACAUUUAGAAAUUCAAUCAACGAUGUGUAUUUCAUGAUGUCCUAAAAUUUGAUAUUGAAUUAUGAUGUUGGGAUAUGGCGAACAAAUUACCCGCGAGUGGAGAUUUAUUACAGUCAUUGAAAUCUUCUGCUGGAUCAGAAAAGUGUUCUGUUUAUCUUUUUCCGAUGGCAAACAAAGAAUUGCCAGUUCGGAAAAUCGAAUUAAGUAAAGGCCAUUCACGUAGCGCCAGUCACAGUGGCGUUGAAAGUACCAUCUCGCCGUCAUUCACUGGCAGGCCUUCGGCUCUAAAAAAGGGCCACCAAAGAGCCUUUUCGCAAGGCCAAAUAAUCGACUCGAAUGAAUUACUUCUAAGUAAUUAUCAUACUCGUGCACCAUCCAAGACAGAUUUCAUCUUACCGGUAGGCCAUCGAGAUGCUGAUUCCGAUUAUAAUCUAUUCGACCGGCAUAAAGGACACUCCAGACAAGCGUCCCGGUCCGAAUCUGUAUACACGCUCAGACAUACCACUCCGCCGUCAACGUGGAAACAAUACCUGUGUUUUUUCUCGCGCCAAAAACAGGCCUUCGUCGACGACUCUAGAAGUAGAACCAUAGUACCGAAUCAUCUCACUAAGACUAAACGUAACAAUAAUCAAAAAUCCGGCCCGUGCCAGAAUAACAAAAUAUGUACCACGAAGUACACUUUUUUAUCAUUUUUACCCAAAAAUCUGCUGGAGCAGUUUCACAGAGUGGCCAACCUGUAUUUUAUAUUCAUCGUGUUACUUAACUGGUACCCGUCGAUUAAUGCGUUCGGCAAAGAAGUCGCCAUGAUCCCGGUGUUGUUCGUAUUAGGCGUUACUGCAGUCAAAGAUUUGUUCGAAGAUCGACGAAGGCAUGCCAGCGAUAAGAGAAUUAAUAAUUCCACGUGUCACGUUUAUAUCGGCGAGGAAGAAUGUUUCAGGAAAGUUCUAUGGCAAGACGUCAGGCCAGGUGAUAUCGUUCAAUUACAAAACAACGAAGUGAUUCCAGCCGACAUAUUGGUGCUGAAAUGCAGCGACCCUCAUGGUCUAUGUUACAUCGAUACUUGUAAUUUAGACGGCGAAUCUAAUUUGAAACAAAGACAAGUCGCAUCUUGUUUCGUGAACAAGCAUAGGACAUUUUCACCUUCCCUGUUUCGCAGCAGUAUCGAAGUCGAAUCACCUACUACUAAAAUUUACCGAUUUCACGGCGCCAUUAUUCAUCCGAGUGGUGAAAAAGUACCCGUGUCUACCGAGAAUCUCCUGCUAAGAGAUUGUAUCCUAAAAAAUACCGACUUCGUCGAGGGAAUCGUCGUGUAUGCGGGUCACGAGACGAAAGCGAUGUUGAACAAUAACGGUCCACGAUACAAGCGGUCGACGCUGGAGAAACAAAUGAACGGUGAUAUAAUGUGGUGCGUUGUGAUAUUGGUGGUGUUAUGCCUCUUCGGAUCGAUCGGAAACACCAUAUGGUUCAAGUCUUUCACAUUGUCCAUCAAAAAUAUACCAUUUAUCCCGUUCGAGGAAGAAGCUGAUGUUCCACGAUUCGAAGGAUUGCUGACUUUUUGUACAUUUAUUAUUAUCUUACAAGUUAUGAUUCCUUUGUCGCUGUAUGUUACCAUUGAAAUGACGAAAUUGUUACAAGUGUAUCAUAUACAUAAUAAUAGUAAAUUGUACGACACGGAAACUAAUAAAAGAAUCGAAUGUCGAGCUUUGAAUAUUACCGAAGAGUUAGGACAGGUUCAAUAUGUAUUUUCGGAUAAAACCGGAACGUUAACGGAAAAUAAAAUGCUGUUUCGGCGGUGUACCAUCGCUGGAGUGGAUUAUAAUCAUCCAGCACCUGUUCUGAAUAUGUUGGCGAAAACGGAAUGUACUCCUUUAAAUUUAAACCAAAAAUUGCUCGAAGACUUGAAUAAUGUCGAUACCACCGAAGAAUACUCGCCCAACGAAGGUGAAAUGGCUUUCUUUCCGAUGAAUCAAAAUUACCCGCCAAAACCAAACGUGAUCCAUUCGAAAAGAGUGCAAGAAUUUAUGUUAGUCUUAGCGCUGUGCAAUACUGUUGUGAUAUCUUCUCAUUCCCAUAAAAACGAGCUCAGCGUCGAAGAAGAAAAACUAGAAACCAGCAAUCAAGACAUGGUGAUAAGCGAAGAGCAAUCAUCUAACGUAUCUUUUACUUCGAGUUCGGCUCCAUUUUCAACAUUUCCAAAUUCGCAAUCGGUUGAAAUAGCCGAAAAUUUACGAUACAAGAACCAAGGAAAAAGGGUUCGGAAGAAUCCUUUUCGAAACCUAAUGCUGUCCAGCAAAAGUCAAGAUUUAACCGAUAACGCGGCUAUACAAGAAAUAUGCAUGAGUGAAGAUCUCGGAUCAUCGCGUGCCAAUCAGAAAUUCUCGCAUACGGCACCACCUGCCACGUCGUCGUCAGAAUCGUCUCCUUCCUCAAGUUCGUUAAGGCAGCGUAUCUCAACUUUGGAAAAUUUCGGCAGAAAUACCCUUCUGAAACCGAAAUUUCUCAACAUGCCAUCUAUGCUGAUAUCGAGCGCUAAUCGUAGAUGGGGUAGUAGUAAAAAUGGUAUAUCGAAAACCAAGAUUAAAUCGCCCAACGUAGUUAAACCUAUUUUCGAGGCUGAAAGUCCAGAUGAGUUAGCUUUGGUCGAAACAGCGUAUAGGUAUAAUGUCAGGUUGAUUAAAAGAUCUCCUAUGAUGGCCACAGUCAUUAUGCCAGGAAACAAUAUUGCAGAAUUCGAUGUAUUAAACAUUCUGCCGUUUGAUUCGUCUCGUAAAUGUAUGUCAAUUAUUCUACGGCACCCAGUUACCAAAGAAAUCACUGUUUUCUGCAAGGGCGCCGAUUCCACCAUUUUACCUUUGCUACCACCGACCAGCAAUCCAGAAACGCAGAAGAUAAUCCAUCGAACCCAGCAGCAUCUAAACACAUAUGCCAAACAAGGUUUACGUGUUUUGGUGAUGGCCAAACGAGUCAUGUCCGAAAAAGAAUACAACGAUUGGGCUAAACGUAACCAAGAAGCUGAACUUUCGAUGAAUGAUCGCGAAAAGAAAUUAAUGAAGUCGUAUUCGGAGGUCGAGAAGAAUUUCACUCUCCUUGGCGCAACUGGUAUCGAAGAUCGUCUGCAAGAAGGUGUUCCUGAAACCAUUCAUGCCAUGAGGUCGGCUGGUAUCGUCAUCUGGGUUCUGACCGGUGAUAAACCGGAGACAGCUAUUAACGUAGCUUACUCUUCGAAACUGUUCAGCGCUCAAAUGGAGAUCAUCAAGUUGACCGCUCGAUCGAAAGACGCCGCCGAGAAUUUAAUAACUUUUUAUUUGAAAGAGAUCGAAAACUCGGUUGUGAUGCGAAUGCAAGACGAAAGUGCUGAUAGUGCAAUUAGUAGUAAAAGUGAUUCUGGAUUGUUGUCGUUUGUACCCUUAUUAAAAAAAACGAAAUCGAAAACGUUACCAUUUUUGGAUCAUUCCUCGUCCAGUCGGAUUACUGACAAGCAACGAGCUUUGGUAGUUGAUGGUAAAACUUUAACAUUUAUUUUAGAUCGACGUUCCAAUUUACAAGUUCCUUUCUUAAGAUUGACCAAAUAUUGCACGUCUGUGUUAUGCUGUCGAUCGACACCGUUGCAAAAAGCAUAUAUAGUGAGAGUUGUGAAAGAAAAGUUGCAAAUGCGCACCUUAGCUAUAGGUGAUGGAGCUAACGAUGUAUCAAUGAUCCAAGCCGCUGAUGUCGGUAUUGGUAUUUCCGGUCAAGAGGGUAUGCAAGCUGUGAUGGCCUCAGAUUUCGCCUUAUCUAGGUUUAAAUAUUUGGAGCGAUUUUUAUUGGUUCACGGCCAUUGGAGUUACGACCGAUUGGCCAACAUGGUGCUGUAUUUUUUUUAUAAAAAUGCUAUUUUCGUAUUUUUAAUAUUUUGGUACCAGUUAUUCUGCGGAUUUUCCGGAACUGUGAUGAUUGAUCAAAUGUAUUUAAUGUUAUAUAAUUUAUUUUUUACCUCGUUUCCACCGCUUGUGAUAGGAGUAUACGAUCAAGAUGCACCUGAAGAGUUACUAUUAGCGCAGCCGAACUUGUACAAUAAAGGACGCCUAGGAUCGGUUUAUCGAUCGUAUUCAUUCUGGUUAACCAUACUAGAUGCUAUUUAUCAGAGCUUAGUGAUAUUUUAUUUCGCAUUUUGGUGUUACGAUGGUUCCGAUAUUGGUAUAUGGGAGUUCGGUAUGUCGGUGGUGACUUCUUGUAUGUUCACUAUGUUACUACAAGGCUGCCUAGAAAUGAGAUCUUGGAACAUUAUUCAUUGGAUUUCCUUGAUAGUUUCCUUGGGCUCGUUUUACGCAUUUACUUUUUUUUAUAACGCUGUUUGUUUUCAAUGUAUCGACCUCCCGUCGAACACGUGGGUAUUGAAAAAUACCUUGGGCACAUUUUCUUAUUGGUUACUGAUCCUCAUAUCGACGUUAUUCGCAUUAUUACCUCGAUUCAUAUUUUAUAGUUUGAAAAAUUCUUUAAUGCCCGAUGAUGUGACAAAAGCUGUGAUUGAUAAUCGUAGAGCUACUCGGCGUAAAGAGAAUUUCCUAGUGUCGUGGUCCAGAUCGACUUCGGCAUCUUCGAUAUACAGAGCUUAUAGACGUUUAUUCGGAAAAACAAAAGCAGACUUGGUUACCCAAUUAGAUGAGCGUCUGAGAUGAUUGGUAAAGAAAAGAAGCCACCUGGUAUUCUGACGGCUGUUGGUUGAAUACGUCACACAGGAAGAAGAAAUGAAAAGUUACUUGACAAUUUUCUAAUGUUUGAAAAUAUUAAAAAACAAAAAAAACUCGGAUUUAAAUAUGUUGAAUUGGCUGUGAUUAUUUCCUGGAGGUAUCGUUUCGCUUUAUACUUAUACUAUAAAAAUACUCUUCGUAUUGUGUAUAUGUAUGUGGGUGUACGCGUAUCUGUCUGUGUGAAUGUGAACGCUCCCUUGCGAUUUUUCAAUCAAAAAACUCACCUCCUAUAAUAUUUUUUUAUUUACAUUUUUUUUUCGUUUUGUUAUUUUACUUGUACAUGUUUUAUCAUUUCAUUUAAAUUAUUUAUUUAUCAUCGAAAAGAAUAAAAAAAAGUUGUUAUAAAUGUUUUUAUCAACGAUAUCUUUUACUAGUAUAUCAAAUUUGUAUUUGAUAAGUUAUCGUUAUUCUGUAAUGUUUUUAUUGCGAUUUUUUUUCAUUAUUAAGUUUUUACAAUAAUUAAAGGGACAUUAUAGCGUGAUAUAGGAUAUACUUUCGGCAUUUUUAUUUUCAUUCGCUCGUUUUAAUUUCAAAAACAUUAAAUUCUCAAGUCUGUGAAAAUAUAAUGAAUCACAGUUACCUCUUGGAAGUGUGUGUUUUUUAUGUGUUCAAAAAAAGAAAGGAAGGAAAAAAUCGAACUUUUUUCGUGUUGCAUGGUAAUGUUAUGUUUUCGUGAUGCUAGAGACUCAAAAGGUUAAAGCGAACCAUGUCUUUUCGUAUAUUUUUUUUUCGUCGAUUGCAGUUCAUUUAAUGUUCUGCAAUUUUUUUCUCUUUUUUUUUUUACGUAAACCUACCAAGUGUUUUUAAAACUCGGUGCAAAUACCUCUUUACAGUGUAGUUCACCUAUCUACCUGUAUUACAUCUAAUUGCCUUAUAAAGUUACACAUGUUGUAAAAAAUUUUAUUGUUUAGUUAUUCGAGAUUUAGUCUGUACUGAAUAGUGAUAUUUUUCAAUUGUGUAUUUUACUGUUUAAAAAAGUAAAUAUGUUAACCAUA